UUGAACAUGUGGCCGAGAGCUACGCCAUGAUUGGAUCCCAAGUAUGACAGAGCCGCAUGUAGCUUCGCUUAACGUUGGACCCGCCAUGCCCAUAACUCUCUUUCCUUCCAACUUUGUGAGUUUAUGCUCGUCUCUCUCUUCACCCGACCUUUGUCUCUCUUGAUUCUAUCACUGCUUCAACAUCAUCACUAUCCCUUCUCCGACCAGUUGAUACAAUGUCAGCGUUCCUCUCAGCCGUGCUGCUCUGGGCAAUGCAGGUUGGAGCAGCCACCUUCCCAGCGACGGUCGAGGUGGACUUGAUCUUCCCACGCAACGACACGUAUGCGCCGUCGAUACUCUUCCCCAUCGUCUUCGCUUUCCAGAACGCGGCGCUGGCUUCGUCGCUCGACCCCUCCCUUGACUUGCUGCUCUGGGAUAGCACCUUCAGUCACGCGAAUGAUUCUACCCUGAACCUGAAGUCGACCAACUUUUCCAACGAGCCCACCUUUGUGUACACGUAUAUCUCGACACUCAACACAACAGCCGACGGGGCGCCGACGUCCUACAUGCUGUCGUGGGAGCUUGGCGCCCGCAACUGCUCCCACGGGGGCCUGCCCUUUAUCGGCGGUGGCUUCCGUAGCCUCGGUGUGACAUUUACCAUCGCAAACGGCGCUCCGAACCCCGACCUCGUGGGGGCAACGACAAACAGCGCCUUAUGUACCAACGCCAGCCAUUUCGCCUUCAAUCUCACGGGCACUCUAGACGUGUAUCCGGCGCAGUACGACGGCCGCAACUCGUGCGCCGUGCUCUCGGACGUGCAGCCCCUGGUGGACGGCGACCCGUGUGCAGUCCACGUGGAUUCGGCCACAGCAAGCAGCAUCUCGGCCGCCCUCACAGCCACGGCAUGCGCGGAUGCCGUCAGCCCCUUGGUGAGCUGUCCCAGCAAGCAGAACGCGGCGGCGGCGGAUACAAAGGCUGGGUUCCCAGCCAUGCUAAGCGGCUUCGUCGCGGCUUUGGUUGCCAUGCAGCUUUUGUAGAGCAGACAUAGUCUUUUGAGCAAGAUGCUU